AUGAUCAGCACCAUGGGGCUGCGGGGGCUGCUGUUCGUGUGCCUGGUAUCCCUCCUCACCCUGCAGGCCAUGCCAGCUUGGGGUUCACCUACAGGCAGGCCCAAAGGCAGCAAGAAGCGACAGACUGUGGACACAUCUGUUGAUGGCGUGACUAUCCGGAGUUUGAAAGUCAACUGCAAAGUCACCUCUCGCUUCGCCCACUAUGUCAUCACCAGUCAAGUGGUCAACAACGCUGAUGUAGCCAAGGAAGUGGCCUUCGAUGUGGAGAUUCCCAAGACGGCCUUCAUUAGUGACUUUGCCAUCACUUCAGAUGGAAACGCAUUCGUAGGGGACAUAAAGGACAAAGUGAAAGCGUGGAAGCAGUACCGGAAAGCAGCCAUCUCAGGAGAGACUGCUGGCCUUGUCAGGGCCUCAGGGAGAACGAUGGAGCAAUUCACCAUCCACAUCACCAUUGGUCCCCAGAGCAAGGCCACGUUCCAGCUGACCUACGAGGAGGUGCUGAAGCGGAAACUUAUGCAGUACGACAUUGUCAUCAAAGUCAAGCCCAAGCAGCUGGUGCAUCAUUUUGAGAUUGACGUGGACAUCUUUGAGCCUCAGGGGAUCAGCAAGUUGGAUGCCAAAGCCUCCUUUCUCCCCAAGGAAUUGGCCAGCCAGCUUAUCAAAAAGUCCUUCUCAGGGAAAAAGGGUCAUGUAUCUUUCCGCCCCACCAUGAGCCAGCAGCAAUCCUGUCCCACCUGCUCUACAUCCUUGCUGAAUGGGGACUUCAGGGUGACCUAUGAUGUCAAUCGAGACAAGCUCUGUGACCUCCUGGUCGCCAAUAACUACUUUGCCCACUUCUUUGCCCCUCAAAACCUGACAAACUUGAGUAAGAACCUGGUUUUUGUGAUCGAUAUCAGCACCUCCAUGGAAGGCCAGAAACUGAAGCAGACUAAGGAGGCGCUCCUUAAAAUCCUGGGGGACAUGCGGCCAGAUGACUACUUUAACCUGGUCCUCUUUGGGUCUGAAGUGCAAGCUUGGAGGGACUCAAUGGUGCCAGCGACCACAGCUAAUCUGCAAGCGGCUCAGCAUUUUGUGCGUCACUUCUCCCUGGCAGGGGCCACAAAUCUGAAUGGAGGUUUGCUCCGGGGAAUUGAGAUCUUGAACAAAGCUCAGGAAAGCCUCCCAGAACUCAAAAACCAUGCCCCAAUUCUCAUCAUGUUGACAGAUGGCGAGCCAACAGAAGGGGUGACGGACCGUUCCCAAAUCCUCAAGAACACCCGCAACGCCAUAAAGGGCAAAUUCCCGCUCUACAACUUGGGCUUUGGCCAAAACGUGGACUUUAACUUCCUGGAUGUCAUGUCCAUGGAGAACAAUGGACGGGCCAAGAGAAUCUACGAGGACCACGAUGCCACCCAACAGCUGCAGGGUUUCUACAAUCAGGUAGCCAAUCCCCUGCUGAUGGAUGUGGAGUUGCUCUACCCACCGGAUACUCUCUCGGCCCUGACCCAGCACCGUCAUAAACAGUACUAUGAAGGCUCAGAGAUCAUGGUGGCAGGGCGCAUCGCUAAGGACAAACUUAGCAGCUUCAAGGCUGACGUGCUGGCCCGUGGGGAUGGCCAAGAAUUCAAGACCACCUGCCUGGUGGAUGAGGAUGAGAUGAAGAAACUGCUCCGAGAGCGGGGCCACAUGUUUGAAAACCACAUUGAGCGCCUCUGGGCCUACCUUACCAUCCAGGAGAUGCUGGCCAAACGAAUGAAGUUGGAGGGGGAGGAGAGAGCCAAUCUGUCUGCAGAGGCCCUGAAAAUGUCUCUGGACUACCAGUUUGUGACCCCGCUGACCUCCAUGACCAUCAGGGGCAUAGAAGACCAGGAUGGCCUAGAGCCCAUCAUUGACAAACCCCCUGAAGAUUCUUGGCCCUUGGAGAUGCAGGGACCCAGGAGGACGUUCUUGCUGUCGGCCUCGCAGCCUUCUCCGUCGGUCUCCAGCCCUCGUGUCCAACGGUUGCCAAAACAAGUGACCAGUGUGGACACUGACCCUCACUUCAUCAUCCAUGUGCCUGAGAAAGAGGAUCCCCUGUGCUUCAAUAUCAAUGAGGAGAAUGGAGUGGUCCUAAACCUAGUGCAGGACCUUAACACAGGCUUCUCAGUGAACGGGCAGCUCAUUGGCAACACAGCCAGGAGCCCUGGACAGCAUGAGGGCAUGUACUUGGGGCGUCUGGGGAUUGCAAACCCAGCAACAGGUUUUCAGUUGGAAGUGACCCCUCAGAAUAUUACGCUGAACCCUGGCUCUGGAGGGCCCGUUUUCUCUUGGAGGGACCAGGCUUCGCUGCGACAAGACGGGAUAGUGGUGACCAUCAACAGGAAGAGGAACCUGGUGGUGUCAGUGGAGGACAAGGGGACCUUCGAGGUUGUUCUGCACCGGGUGUGGACAACCUCUCAUCAGGACUUCCUGGGCUUCUACGUGCUGGAUAGUCAGGGGAUGUCAGCGCGGACACAUGGGCUGCUGGGACAAUUCUUCCACCCCUUUGAUUAUCAAGUGUCUGACCUUCAUCCAGGCUCUGACCCCACAAAGAUAGAUGCCACACUGGUGGUGAAGAGCCGCAGGCUGACAGUCACCAGGGGCUUGCAAAAAGACUACAGGAAGGACCCCCGGCACGGGACUGAGGUGACCUGCUGGUUUGUCCACAACAAUGGGGCUGGACUGAUUGACGGCGUUCACACUGACUAUAUUGUCCCUGACAUCUUCUGA